UCCAUGAGUGGGUUACGGAUCCAAAUGGCCCCUUCCAUCCAUCACCAGGCUGCAGCAAUGUUGAGUAUUCUGGUGAGGUACCAAUGGCACGCCUUCACCAUUGUCACCUCACACAUUGCUGGUCAUACUGACUUUGUGCAGACAGUCAGAGAUCAGGUGCACCAGUAUGGCGACAAACAGGACCUCUCCAAGCCUACUAUCAAGUUCACCAUCAUAGACACAGUCCUGAUCAACGAGGCAGAGGAGGACCUAGCUGUGGUAGCGGACAGUGAGGCUCGCAUUAUGCUGCUCUACUCUACCAAGGAGGAGGCUCGCUACAUCAUGCGCUCUGCGGAGGGUCUAGGACUGACUGGCAAGAACUAUGUCUGGAUCGUCACUCAGUCGGUGGUGGGACCCACCGAUACUGGUCCCAAUGAGUUCCCGGUCGGCAUGUUGGGUAAGUUGUGA